AUGCUUGAGCAUGAUGUCUUGGUAAUAGGCGCCGGACUGGCGGGAAUGAGAGCAGCUAUUGCCGCCAGCGCUAAUGGCGCCAACACAGCUAUUAUCAGCAAGGUGCACCCGGUACGCAGUCAUUCCAACGCUGCCCAGGGGGGGAUCAACGCCGCCCUUCUGGACCGUGGCGAUGACUGGGAAGACCACGCAUACGACACAAUCAAGGGUAGCGAUUUCCUGGGCGACCAGGAUGCCAUUGAGGUCAUGUGCAGUUCCGCGGGUAGGGCCCUGAUAGACAUGGAACACAUGGGCGUUACCUUCAAUAGGGAUGACGAGGGAAAGCUGGGCACUCGAGCCUUCGGAGGGCAACGGCGUGCCCGAACCUUCUAUGUGGGCGACUUUACCGGACAAGCGCUGCUACACGUCAUGUUCGAGCAGUUGAUUAAGUCGGGAGUCCGCAGCUAUGAAGAGUGGUUUGUAACUUCACUGAUCGAGGAAGAAGGCCAGGUGGCUGGGGUAAUCGCCCUUGAAAUUCGUACCGGACAGCUUCAUGCCAUCAGGGCCAAGACGGUGAUUUUCUGCACCGGAGGGUGUGGUAGGUUGUUUGAGCCUUCCACCAAUGCCUUGAUUGUAACCGGGGACGGGAUGGCUCUCGCUUAUAACGCGGGAGCAGGCCUCAUGGACAUGGAAAUGGUCCAAUAUCAUCCCACUACCCUGGCGGGAAGCGGCGUCUUGCUUUCAGAAGCUGCCAGAGGUGAGGGCGCUUAUCUUAGGGACAAAGACGGCAAUCGCUUCAUGGAAAGGUAUGCUCCCAACAUGAUGGAACUGGCUUCGCGCGAUGUGGUGUCCCGCGCUGAACAGACUGAAAUUAACGCUGGCAACGGGGUUAAUGGCUGCGUUUUCCUGGACUGCACCCACCUUGGCGAAGCCCUGAUUAUGGAGAAGCUCAGCCAGAUUAGGGAAAUCGGCAUAGAUUUGGCCGGCGUAGACAUGGUGAGAGAGCCGGUUCCCAUACGCCCCGGCAUGCACUACAUCAUGGGGGGCAUCAAAACCGACAUUGAUGGUCUGACCAGUAUUCCCGGCGUCUACGCAGCCGGUGAGUGUGCUAACGUCAGUGUCCACGGCGGCAAUCGACUUGGGGCCAACUCGCUACUGGAUACUAUCGUAUUUGGUGAACGGUCCGGCAACCAUGCUGCAAAUGCCUGCCGCAGCCUGAAUUUUGUCGACUUUGACGAGCACGAAGUGGUCGCUCGGGAAGAAGGACGCAUCCGUGAUAUGUUGGAGCGUCCCGACAAUGGAGACCGCUGGGGGGCCAUACGCCAGGCGAUGGGCGAGUCAAUGGUUAGCAACGUGGCCGUCUUUCGCGAUGAACAGACCAUCGGCGAGGCCAUCAGGGACCUGGAGGGGUUGCGAGAGCGUUAUGCCAGAGUACCAGUGCAAAACAAGAACCGGGUGUUCAACACCGACCUGAUAUUCGCUUUGGAACUGGGCUAUAUGCUGGACGUGGCCGAUACCAUUGCUUUCAGCGCCCUGGAACGCAAGGAAAGCCGCGGUGCCAAUUCCCGUACCGACUUCCCGGAGCGAGAUGACGAAAACUGGUUGAAGCACAUUGUAGCCAAGAAGGGAGAGGUGGGACCGGAACUCUCCUACUUGCCCGUCACUAUUACCAAAUGGCAGCCCGAAGAGAGGAAGUAUUAG